CGUUUCUGGAAUUAAUAAUUCUGCUCUUUCAGUAUAUUAUGCUUUGUGCCGUUUGUUUUUUGGAAAUAACUCAACUAUUACUUCGUUAAAAUUGGAUCGACCAACCAAACAUACUUCACCUGUUAUGGAAAAUUCUUUGGGAGUUGAUUUAUCUCUUCAGAAUAUUAAAGAUUUAACUAUCCGUUAUACUUCUGAUCCAUUUUUAUUUGACGCACUUCUUAAACAAGCUGAAAAUAUAGAAUAUUUGUCCGUUAUAAAAUCGUCAGAAGCUGGCCUUCGUAACUUUGAAGAUUUACAAUACUUGUCUUCUUUGAUAUUUUCUCAAUCAAAAUUACGAGGGUUCUCUCUUACAUGCUAUGAUACAGUUAAUGGUUUUUCACCAAGUGUUUUAACACCACUCGCAAGUCAAGCUGAUACACUUGUUUCACUUAUUCUUCAUGGAAUUCCUUUCCCUGGUGAAACUUCUAUUCAUGCAUUGACCAUUUGCACAAAUCUUGAAGAAUUAGAUAUUCGUCGUUGUACCAACGGCCCUGGUUGUCAAUUGGAUCAAAUUUUGCUUGCUGAAUUUCCUAAUCUCCGUAAAGUAAAAGUUGUAGAAUCUUCACUUCUCUGGGGUCAUCUUAUUGCUUCCGCAAUUCAAAAAAAUCCUGUAGACUUGGAAGAAGUACAUUAUCAACCAUGGGAAGAUGAAGAACAUGAUGGAUUAUCUACUUCCAUUAUACAAAGUAUUACUAAAUGGCAGCCAAAAUUGAAAAAAUUUGGUAUUGCACUUGGCGCAGAUGAAAUUCCUUCAUUGAUAGAAAUCCUUAACGUUCCAGGAUGUAGAUUAGAGAUACUUAGUUUAUUCUCAUUAGGUAAACAAGAAAAUGACCUUGAAAAGAUUUGGCCAGAAUUAGGAAAACAUUUACCUACUACUUUAAAACAUCUUAAUAUAUGGAUAUUUAUUGGAGCCAAAUCGAUGAAUCUUUUCUUGCAAAAUACAAAAGCUGUCCUAGAUUCACUAUAUAUUGAUUCCUGGUUUGAAGAUUAUUUACAUCCACCUUAUAUUAAUGUGAUCUCUGAAUAUCUCAAAGACCGACCCAUAGAUAUGGCCAAUUUUUUCAAUCCAGCUUUACAUUAA